UGCAGCGCCUGCGUGCUGUCAUAUUACGGCGGAACUAAUAUGGCGGCGCCUGCGCUUUGACGCGUUUGGUGCCGGAGUAGGAAAAAGGGGGACGGCAGAAUGCGUCACACCCGGAAACAGAGAGCCGGAAGUGGGGUUGGACAGGUUAUCCCCAGGGGUGGGGAAACGGAGGCCCAGGAGGAAGGGGGAAAAAGAAGGCGGAGGAUCCUGGCUGCUACUCUACCGUUUUAGACCUCAGAGACACAGAAAAAGGGAAGGGUGUCACAUCCCCUUCCUCUUCUCCUCCCUCUCCUCAGCCUUAGCCAUGGCCGAGGCAGGGGCCGGGCUGAGUGAGACCGUCACUGAGACAACGGUUACCGUGACAACUGAGCCCGAAAAUCGGAGCCUAACCAUCAAACUUCGGAAACGGAAGCCAGAGAAAAAGGUAGAAUGGACGAGUGAUACUGUAGACAAUGAACACAUGGGGCGCCGCUCAUCAAAAUGCUGCUGUAUUUAUGAGAAACCUCGGGCCUUUGGAGAGAGCUCCACGGAGAGUGAUGAGGAGGAAGAGGAGGGCUGUGGUCAUACACACUGUGUACGAGGCCACCGCAAAGGACGGCGUCAUGCAACGCUUGGACCAACCCCCACCACCCCUCCCCAGCCUCCUGAUCCUUCUCAGCCCCCUCCAGGGCCAAUGCAGCACUAAAUUCCUCUCUCCCCCACUAUUUCUGUGUCUGUCUGGCCCUGAAUGUAUCCAUUUGGCUACUUGGGGACUAAACCUAAGGUUUGAUCCCUUCUCCAGCCCCCUCUUUCCCUCUUCUCUGUCUGAUAGAGGGAAGAAGAGGAUCCUGGAAUUCUGACUUGCUGCUAUUCCAGAACCCAGGCUCCUGGGUACCCCUAGUCCUCAUUUCUCCUCCCAAUACCCACCCUCCUCUCUCCAGGGAUCCAGCCAUCUUGGUCCCAGUCUCUUCCUUUUGUUCUCACUGCCAAACUGCCUGUCCUGGGAUCUAGUUAUCUUGGCCCCUGCACCUCUCAACGUGAGUAGAAGACACUUAAUUUGGGUUUUCAAUAGUCCCAGCUUUCACUGCCAGGGUCCCAGCCAGAUUCCAGGAAACCUCACCCCAGCUAUGCUUGUUAAUCCUGGUGUAGAGCUCUUCCACUAAAGUAUGUAUAUAAUCUUAAUUCUUGGUCCUUGCCUAUGGGAUAGGAGAUCUUAUGGGAGACCCAGGAUUCCCAGUUCUUACCGUCCUACCUACCCACCUCAUGCCUUCAAGAGGAGUUAGGAAACAGAGGUCUUUGUCAUUAUCACCUAAUAGAAAACAGAAUGAGAGAUAGUCAUAUCUUCUCCUCCCAUCCCUCUCAUGUUAUCUAGGAUUUAUGACAAAAUUGGCUUGAGACUGUUCAGUUAGAGCCAACUGUCUCCUCAGAUUUGAUCUUUCAGCUUCAAAGACAGAUCCCGUGUAGUCCCAGGGACCUGGGUCCCUAAGAGAGAAAGGAAAAGGGAGAGAGCAAAGGGAUGGGGUAUCCCCUACACUACACUCUUACCCCUUCCUUCCUAAGGUUUGAUGUCUCAGCCAGCCCAGAUGUUCAGCUCUCUCACCCCUCCCCAACCCUUACUGGGAUCUGGUCAUUAUUUUCCAGUCCUCUUCCCAUACACGGUUGCAGAGAUCAGUCAAAUCCAUACCACCAGUGAGAUCUCAUUUAUUGCCACAGAUGCACAAAAUAAAUAACCCAACAUCACAAAA